AUGGACGCUCAGCUAGCACAGGAAGAAGAGAACGACGAUAAUGCCGAGGUUACCUGGGAGGACCAGCAGCACAUCAACUCUUUCUCGAAGCUGAACACACGUCUACGUGCAAUUGAGGGCAAGAUGGAAGAGCUGAAGCAAGAGAAGGAGGCCCUCGACGACCUGGCGAUGGAACUCGAGCUUGCAGAUGAGGAUCAGCCAGUCCUGUACAAAGUAGGCGAAGCGUUCAUACACCUCCCACACCGACGCGCCAUGAAACAGCUCGAACGAGAUCAAGGGCAAGUCAACAAGGAGCUCUCAUCACUCACGGAGAGUGCAGAGCAGUGCGAAAAGACCAUGAAGGGACUUAAGGUCAUCUUGUACGCCAAGUUCGGUCGCGCAAUCAAUCUGGACGAGUGA